AUGCACGAAAAAUACACACAGACGAUGCCAUUAGAAGAAAUAUGUCAAGAUGUACCAAAAGCGAGAAAACUGAUGAAAUUAAUAAGAGAUUUUUUCAGCAUUCUACAAAUGGUAAAACGAACGAACAGUCGAGCAUUUUAUCAGCGUGCCUUGACAAUCCAUUGUGAUAAAUGGGGUCAAGAUUUCAUCGAUCUGUUUGGCUACGAAAUGGUGACACCAUACAUACACGUCCUGGCUUCUCAUCUACCAGAAUUCUACGGACGAUGGAUGGAUCUGAACACAUUUUCGUUGCAAGGUGUUGAGAAGAUCAAUGACCUACUCACCCAAGACUAUUUUCGAGCGACAAACAAAAAGGGAUCUUUCUUUAAACAAAUGUUACGAAAACGCAUUUGUCAAUUGCUUCUCAGUCUUCCAAAGAAAACAUGUAAAGAUAUACUGACAGAAUUUCAAAGUUUAAAAUUACCUGCGUUAACUGUAUCGCAUAUGGAGGAAGACUCGGACGAGGAAGACGAAGAAGUAAAAUUUUUUAGAAAAAAUUGGUAUAGAAUCGCUGAACAAGAUGAAUUUGAUUAA